ACAUGCGCAGAAGCCUCCCCCGCGGCAGCGGCGGCGGCGGCGGCGUUUCCAGAGCCGGAAGGUAAACGACCUCGGCUGCCCGCGGCCCGACGCCUCCCGGGUCAUGUCGGCCCAGGGUGACUGCGAGUUCCUGGUGCAGCGAGCCCGGGAGCUGGUGCAGCAGGACCUGUGGGCAGCCAAGGCGUGGCUGAUCACAGCCCGCAGCCUCUACCCCACCGACUUUAACAUCCAGUACGAGAUGUACACCAUCGAGCGGAACGCCGAGAGGACCGCCACCGCGGGGAGACUGCUGUACGACAUGUUUGUGAAUUUCCCAGAUCAGCCUGUGGUGUGGAGAGAAAUCAGCAUUAUUACUUCAGCAUUAAGGAACGACUCACAGGAUAAACAAACCCAAUUUUUAAGAAGUUUGUUUGAAACUCUCCCUGGUCGGGUCCAGUGCGAAAUGUUACUAAAGGUUACGGAACAAUGCUUCAACACAUUGGAACGAUCGGAAAUGUUGCUUCUACUUUUGAGACGCUUCCCUGAGACAGUGGUACAGCAUGGGGUUGGCCUUGGGGAAGCAUUAUUAGAGGCUGAAACUAUUGAAGAGCAAGAAUCUCCUGUUAACUGCUUUAGAAAAUUAUUUGUUUGCGAUGUCCUUCCUCUAAUAAUUAACAACCAUGAUGUCCGAUUGCCUGCCAAUUUAUUAUAUAAGUACUUGAACAAAGCAGCUGAAUUUUAUAUCAAUUACGUCACUAGAUCUACUCAAAUAGAGAGUCAGCAUCAAGGUGCCCAAGAAGCAGCCGAUUUAAUGUCACCCAGCAAACGGAGCUCUCAGAAGUACAUAAUAGAAGGGCUGACUGAAAAAUCAUCCCAGAUUGUGGACCCUUGGGAGAGGUUGUUUAAGAUUUUAAAUGUUGUUGGAAUGAGAUGUGAAUGGCAGAUGGAUAAAGGAAGACGAAGCUAUGGUGAUAUUUUGCACAGAAUGAAAGAUCUCUGCAGAUACAUGAACAACUUUGAUAAUGAAGCUCAUGCAAAAUAUAAAAACCAAGUGGUUUAUUCCACUAUGCUGGUCUUCUUCAAGAAUGCGUUCCAGUAUGUCAACAGCAUACAACCGUCUCUAUUCCAAGGUCCUAAUGCCCCAAGCCAAGUUCCACUGGUUCUUCUUGAGGAUGUAUCAAAUGUGUAUGGUGAUGUAGAAAUUGAUCGUAACAAACAUAUACAUAAAAAGAGGAAACUAGCUGAGGGAAGAGAAAAAACCAUGCAGAGUUCAGACGACGAAGAUUGUUCUGCAAAAGGGAGAAAUCGUCACAUCGUAGUCAAUAAAGCGGAGCUUGCUAACUCCAUUGAAGUGCUCGAGAGCUUUAAGCUAGCCAGGGAGAGCUGGGAGUUGCUCUACUCCCUAGAAUUCCUUGACAAGGAAUUUACAAGAAUUUGUUUGGCGUGGAAGACAGAUACUUGGCUUUGGUUAAGAAUCUUCCUCACUGACAUGAUCAUCUAUCAGGGUCAGUAUAAAAAAGCAAUAGCGAGCCUGCAUCAUCUUGCAGCUCUCCAGGGAUCGCUUCCGCAGCCGCAGAUCACAGGCCAGGGGACCCUGGAACAUCAGAGGGCGCUCAUCCAGCUCGCAACCUGCCACUUUGCUCUGGGGGAGUACAGAAUGACAUGUGAAAAAGUCCUUGAUUUGAUGUGCUACAUGGUACUCCCCAUUCAAGAUGGAGGCAAAUCACAGGAAGAACCCUCAAAAAUAAAGCCCAAAUUUAGAAAAGGCUCCGAUCUGAAGUUGCUGCCUUGUACCAGCAAGGCCCUCAUGCCCUACUGCCUGCAUCUGAUGCUGGCUUGCUUUAAGCUCCGGGCUUUCACGGACAGCAGGGACGACAUGGCGCUGGGCCACGUGAUCGUCUUGCUUCAGCAAGAGUGGCCACGGGGAGAGAAUCUUUUCUUGAAAGCUGUCAAUAAGAUUUGCCAACAAGGAAACUUCCAAUACGAGAACUUUUUCAACUAUGUUACAAAUAUCGAUAUGCUGGAGGAAUUCGCCUACUUAAGAACUCAGGAAGGUGGGAAAAUUCAUCUGGAAUUACUGCCCAAUCAAGGGAUGCUGAUCAAAGCCUUAGAAAUGCUGAGGGGGAAGCUCGAAAUGUGCACUGGGGAUAUGUAUGACCGCAAAUACUACUCCUGUUGAGAAGAGGGUCUUACGGAAUCCAUUCUGAAGAGUGGGAAGAUUGAAUGGGGUUUUUGUCCUUCACCUUGUAAAUAGGAUUAAUAGAUAUUUUAAACAUCUAAAAUAAAAGAACAAACGCUCUUUUUUGAAAACACGAGACCUUUCUGCAUGAGGUUGCUUAGGCAAGAUGCGCUGGACAUGCUCAUCUUCCCAUCUCCAUUCCCUUCCCUAAGACUGCAAAUAAGAACUAGGGGGGAAAUAAUUGCAUGGUAAAAAUAUUCUUAGCAGUGUUCGAGAACAAAGAUGACUUGUUGCUAUGGGAGCUUAGGUAGCCCCUUCUGUGGGCUUAAAAAUGAAAGAUUUCUAGGUUUUGAGGCUGGAUAUAUAAAACAUGCCUGAUAUUAAUAGCCUUUUAGUUAACCCACAUUAACACUCACGGUACAAAUUAUCAUGAUAUAGGAACAGCCUUCGAAUCACCUGCAUUUAGUAAGGGUUAAAUGUAUAGAUGAUCUCUCACUUCAGAUAGUGCUUAACUGUGGAAGUGUGAGUGAAUAGACUUUUACUAAAUCAGCAGUUGGAUCUCGUACUGAACCCUUUCUUCUGUAGCCAGUUUGUAUCAAGCUGAACAGUGUCAUGGUUCUGUGCAGACAACCCCUAGGACAAGGAAUGGAAGCAGGCGCUCUUGGACACCCAGAUAAUAUCACUGUAAAGAGUCGUUUAGGGCAAGGCAGGGAGACACAGCCUGCAUUUCCAGGCUUUGAGAGAGAAUUGCAGGCUCCCCCACCUUGGUCAAUAUAAACUUUAAUGCCUUCUAACACCCUGGAGAAGACCACUAAGCCUCUUAGGAAUCCUGUUGUUCUGUUUGGAAGCAAGAAUAGGGAUUGUUACUUAGUGAGCUGACAUUCUAGAAACUUGCUUAGUCUUCACUGUGCGAAUCUUAAAGUUCAUCGGAAGCCUGCAUUUCAGAUUACGUCUGCCAAACCAGCGGGAAAAGCAAGCUGCAUAAAGCCAGAGAGCUCUUACUAAGAAGGGAAGAAUUAGAAUCUUGAGCAAAACUAUCUAUAUUCCUUUCCCUUUGGGUUCCAAACAAAUUCUCUGAAACCACUGCAGACCUUUGGGUGGCACCCCCAGCUGAGGGGCAGAGGUGUUGUGAGAAGUGUACAGCACCCCCUCCCUUGGGUAAGGUUGUGAGUCUGUCCCGCUCUGCUCGGACGCUAGCGGGUACAGUACCAAUGCUGAGCGCACCCGGAGCCUGACCAACAGAACAAAGACACUUUGUCCUUAACAUAUUUUAAAAUAGAGAACAGUUCUUUGCCAAUAUUUGCAGUAUCUUAGUUGUAUUAGAUUGGGUGAAAAUGGAAAAAACCGUGUCCUGUGCACUAAUUCUUUGUUUCGAAUUCAGCAAGGCCAUGGGUCCCAGACAUUUUAUUCCCCGUGUCUGUUCCUUUACUCGAUACUUUUUGAAAUUAAGGCUCAGCCUUUCUUGGUCAAAAACAUGGCCAGGCCCUCUAGUCAUCCCAGAAGGGCCUCUUCAGUCUGGGGCUUCAGACCUGGCAAAGAUGGUUACCAGAAGCCCCCCAGUCCACCUCUGGUGGGGGCUUGAGCAGAGUGGAGAGUGAAGGUGGCUGGAUUCAAAAACGUGUCUUCUCCAGUGUGACCCCUCUCCGCACCGCCGCUCCGUUGCGUCUCGUCAUCCUCUUUCUCGGUGGCUGCUUUUACACCAGACCUCGAGUGGGCUGAGCUCGGGGCCCAGGCACAAGAUGCUCUGGACAUGCCCCAGCAGCAGGUGCAGGGAGAGGACUGCUAGCUUCUCCCGUCCUCCCGAAAGACACCGCUGUGUCCCGGGGGGGCCGUGGAGGUUCAAGGGUUUCCGCAUAGUCUGUUCCAGUCUUGUGCAUUUUCUCUGGCGUGUUGUUUUUGCAGUGCAGGGCGAGUCGGUGUGGGUGUUUGAAUGCUGCUGUUU